CACAAGCGGCGGAGAGACAAUAGGGCAACGGCGGUCGCUCUGUCAGACGCAUCAGCGCGAUGUGCACAAGAAUCAAUAUCAGUGCAUCGAGGCUUUAAGAAAAUAGCAGAGAGGGCAGCAGAAAAAAAAAAAAUUGCUCCCGAUGUUCUAGUUGUUAACACUGACCACAACGGAAUGACAGCGGGGGUCUGCGCAUCAUUUGCUCCUUAAAACGAUUUCUAAAUCAACGCUGUUGUCGUGGAAACUGGUCCCUCUGUCUCUGGAAUAAUGAGCUCCUCGCCGCACAUGUCCCGUUCCUCCAUUGACGUCCUGGAAGAGCUGCAGCUCAUCACUGCUGAGAACCUGGAGAAGCUGGACUUUAACAAAUACUAUGAGGUCAUUAGGGAGCUUGGCAAGGGCACCUACGGCAAGGUGGACCUGGUCAUCCACAAGAUCAGAGGCACGAAAAUGGCCUUGAAAUUCUUGCGGAAGAAAACAACUAAGCUGAAGAGUUUCCUACGCGAGUACUGCAUCUCUCUUUACCUGUCACCCUGUCCUUUUAUCAUCAACAUGUAUGGCAUUGCCUUCGAAACUGAUGAAUACUACAUCUUCGCUCAAGAGUAUGCACUAGCAGGCGAUCUGUUUGACAUCAUUCCUCCGCAGGUUGGACUGCCGGAGAACGUUGCCAAGCGGUGUGUGCACCAGGUGGCGAUUGCUCUGGAUUACCUGCACUGCAAGAAGCUGGUGCAUCGUGACAUAAAACCGGAGAACGUCCUGAUCUUUGACAAGGAGUGCCGGAAGGUGAAACUGUCAGACUUUGGCAUGACUCGCUGCGCUGGCUCUCCGGUGAAGAGGGUGAGCGGAACCAUCCCGUACACGGCUCCGGAGCUGUGCGACCCCGGCCGACAAGAGGGCCUCUGUGUAGACUACAGCACCGACGUGUGGGCUUUCGGAGUGCUUCUGUUCUGCAUGCUCACUGGGAAUUUCCCCUGGGAGAAAGCCCUCCCGACGGACGCCUUCUACGAGGAGUUUGUGCGCUGGCAGCACCGGCGGAGGCGAACCAGCGCGGUGCCUUCGCAGUGGCGCCGCUUCACUGACGAGGCGCUCCGCAUGUUCCGGUGCCUGCUGGCCAUUGAGCAGGACCGCCGCUGCUCUGUCAAAGAGGUCUUCAACUACUUCAACCACUGCUGGAUGCUCGACACGGAGAACGGCAACACCACCCACGUCCCGAGCGGGAACAGCAACAACGGUGCGGUGAUGAAUGGCCGUCAGGCUGAGCUUAGCUCUUCGUCCUCUGAAGAGGAUGAGUUGGUGGACCGUUUGAAGCAGCAGAGCUUGUCACCUGUGUGCGGAGUAGCUAAAGGAGGCAUCGUCAUGGAGCCAGUGACGGCGCACUACUCCUCUACGUCCACGAACAGCCCUGCUUCCUCCACUGGCGGCUAUGAGCGCGUCUCUCGUGAUAACAACGGCAACAGUGGUCGAAUCUUAGUCACAACGCCGAUUGAAAUAUGCGUGUAGACAGGUCACUGGCAUUGACCGACCUUGCACAUAUACUUGGGAUGACUAGAUGACAAUGAGGACUCAAGUUCUCGCGAAGACAACGCGGCAAAGGAAACGUUGGUAGCUGACGCACUAAUGCUCAGCGUCCCAAGAAGAGCUGACAGCUUGAAACUCUUCCUGAUGACGAGUAUCUCUGAGGGAAUCUGUAAGAGUUUGCAGAUUGUGUCUCAACCACGUUUUCCACGUAUAAUCAGACCAAAACGCAAGCAACUUUAGAAGAAUAGAAAAAAACUACAAUUUUUUUUUUUCCGGAAAUAUGAAGCAAUAUGUUGUUUUUUUAGUGCAAAAGUGAUGAAAAAGAUUUUAAUGACUUUGAUUUGGAACAUAAGGAACGAAAAAAAAAAAAAAACAGCAAAAACAUUUCAUGUGGAGACUUACGUGGUUUCUGAAGCACAGUAGGAACUGUGUUGGUAUUGUUUCGUGCUUGUGCAUCCCUGUGGUCAGUGGAUAUGACUUUGGAAGCUUAUUGGUUACUUUAAGUGUGUUGUAUUAUUCAUUUUGGUCUUGACCUUUUUGUUAUUUAUUUAAUAUUGUAGCAUUACAAUGUUAAAAUUAUAAUUUGCUGAGAAUCUGCACUGUCAAAUCUCGGUUUGCUCACUAUUAAACCAAAACUGGCAAGAAAAGAUCACUUGAUAUCGGAAGACUGUUAGAGAGGUUUGAAUUGUAGAUCGAAAGCUCUUUUCCUUGAUUAACAUACAUGCAAUCCACAGCGAGUAAUUCCUUUCUGUCUAGGAGUGCGAUACUUGGUCCUUCUUUCAUUUAGAAACAUAAAAUGAAGAAUAGUUUAGAAACGAUGGCUACCAAAAACACACAUCAAAAACCACACAGCCACUGUAAAGUAAAGCCCGACAUUAUGUACUUUACAAUAUUUCCUUUUUUUUUUCAUUCUUCUGAGCAUUACGGAUGGAGACCUGAUAGCACACGUAUAUCACUGAGACGUCUUUUUCAUUUUCUCUAGAUGUCAGUUUCGGACUCUCUUAGAAAAGAAACUAUUGGAUGUUAGAAUGAAUUUUAGUCAGUGUUUUUGCAGUGUUAUGACAUUAAGAUUUUUAUAUAUGAAUUUGCGUUAAUCAGACGUUUGAAGAGAAAACGUGAUGCUUAAAAGAGCAUGUUAUGCUUUCCAAAUUUGCAAUGUUCUUUUUUAAUAGAUGUCUUGUUGAUGGACAUGUGCUUACUGAGUGAAGUUUAAGGAUUUCUCAGGUAUACCAUUCACUGUGUAACAUUAAAGUCAACAUGAAGUCAAAAUGUACCCUAUUUACUUUCCUAAUAUAUAUUCCCAGUCUUUCUGUGCACUUACCAGUGUGCAUUAUUCAAAACAUAAAGCGUUUUCUUCCAAAAUCGCCCCUUUCAAACCUUCCCCUUAACCACUUGUCAGUUACACUUUUCAAAAUAGAUUUCAGCCUACCGCCUCCUUUAAACCUGUAUCCUGUUUUACAUUAAAAUGUCAAAUGAUGGUUAUUAAUAGUAAAAUCAUUCGUGAAACGGUUUCAAAUAACAUUUCUUGUCUUUAACACCUAAUUUGUUACUUGAUGCGUAGGAAGGAUCUGUUAAAUGAAAAUGUCGUUUUUAUGUUUCAUGACUAAUGGGGCAUUGAUGUCUAAAAAAAAUGCUGCUUUGGUCCAAAAAAUGAAGGUCCAGUUAUAAGAUCUUUAAUUUGGACCAUUAAUUACAAAUAAAAAAUGUUACCAGCUGCUAAACCUGGUAUACUUUUGUGGUUAAAAUGCCAAUAAAGUGGAACGUACCCCGUUCCACAAAAAAAGUCUUGCGCAAUUUUAAAAAAGGUUUUCAUUGUUUUUAUUUAAUAUUUAUACAUUUUAUUAUGGCAUAUGUUCAAUUUCAUACUCUUGUUUGAAGAAAGGUAGCAACUGAAGUUAAUUUGUUGGAACUGUUUUGAUCUUGUGUCGUUAAAAUGCAAAAAUGAAAGUGUCGACAAUGGGCAUUUGCAUGGGUAUAACAGAAAACCAAUGUAAGGGGAUGGUAUCUACUUUUUAGAAUUGUGACAAUUAUUGUGUAGUAAUAUUUUAAAUUAGCACAAGUUUGCAUAACUUAAUAAAAAAUUCAGUGGAGUCAAAAAGGACAAUGUGAAAGGACGAAAUGGAAAGGAACAACGUGGAACUUAUAUGGCCAGCCAACGUUUAUGAAGGAAACUACAAAACAUAUUGACAUGCUCACAGACAAUAUCCAUGAAGAAGCCGAAAGACAUUUUAACCCUGCAAAAUGUAUGAAGAAAACAAGUCAAAUGUGAAUUUGUUUUGUUAAAAGGAGAAAAGCAAAAACAGACAUUUCAACGUGUUGUGUUUUCCAGAAAUAUUUGCAUGAAUCAACAUUGCUCUGGAGAAACAUUGUAGAAAUAAACACUAAAAGUACUGAA